AUGGCAGCGGCCUCCGCAAUGGGCGCCCGCGUGCUCAGCGAGAUUGAAGAGACGACGCUUGAUGAGCUCCUCGCCUCACUACGCUCCGCAUUCAACGGGCUGAGCAGUCGUGAUGCCACGAGGGUGGCAGCAGAAACCGCCAUCGGGCCCGGCGUCGCCACCAGAGGCAAACAAUCGCAGCAGCAGCAGCAGCAGCAGCUGAAAGUGUUUCCCAUCCCUGCGCUCAAUGGCCUGGCGGCGAAACACCUCCGCGCGACGCAGGCGGCGGUCGUGUCCGUCUCGGGCAGGCAGCUCCCGCUGAUCUACCUGCUCGUCGCCACGCUCAUCGCGCCGCCGCACGGCAAGACGGUCGUUGUGGUCGAUCUGGAGUCGCGCUUCGACAUCACCAGGGUGCUGGAGUGCACACCCUACGCCGCCGCCGCCGCCACCACCACCACUACUACCGCUGCUCCUGCUACGGCUCCGGCUUUGGCGAGGAAGCAACACGGCCGCUGCAUGAUCGGCAGAGAUCGGCGGUCUUCGGCGGGGGAGCCGACGCGCCGGGCGCAGGGCCCACGACCACACCGCCAGUUCCGGCCGCGGGCAAAUCGCAGCCCUCUGGUGGCAGGGGGGGUGUCUCUGUCCGACCUGGCGCACGUCCACGUCCAUCGCCCGGCGCGAGGCAGCCUCGUCCGGGAGGCCGUCGCGGCGGCUGAGCAGCACAUGCUGUACGGGGCGCACGGCAGCGGCGGGCGAGGGUGGUGGGGCACCUUUGUGGUUGGCGGAAACAGUGCGGCCGGGGUUGCUGCUGCCGCCGCUGGCAGCGGUGGUGGUUCGGCGGCGCCACUUCUCCAUGGAGCCGCCCCCUCAUUCUCAUCCUCAUCCAUCGACGUCGCAGCUGGACCUAGAGGCUGGCUGCGGGUGGAGAGGGCGGAGGUGGGUGGGUUCGGCACCUUCUCCAGCGUCGAGGAUGCCCUGCGAGACCGUGAGAGGAGGCGGAGGGUCGUGGAUGCGGCUGGGUGGACCGCCACGUCCGUCUGGGGCGGGUUUAAUUUUCAUGAAAACUAG